UUCUAAUUUAGUCAAUCAAUAAUUAUUCAAUCAGGAGCCGAUUCUCUUGUGGGAUAAUCAUAAGACUCGAAGGGGGACCGUUGUAACUACCGGUCGCCGGAAACGGAACAAUCUGAUCGGCCGACGGACAUCGGGAUUUUUAGGCUUAGCGUUUCUUCUAGAUAAUGGGACAAAGAAGAUUGUUAAUCUUGGCAGUGAUUGUAUGCCUAUUUGCAUCCUCUUGCGGAAGAGAACUCAAGUUGAAGCAUAAGGAUAAUCACGCUGGUUAUAACCACACCCUUGUCAAAAUAUUGGUGGAAUAUGCUUCUGCGGUGUACAUGUCAGAUUUGACAGAGCUAUUCUCAUGGACUUGCUCAAGAUGUGAUGGGUUGACUAAGGGAUUUGAAGUUAUUGAGCUGAUUGUUGAUGUCCAAAACUGCUUACAGGGAUAUGUUGGAGUUGCGAAGGAUCUCAAUGCUAUCAUUAUUGCUUUCAGAGGCACUCAGGAACACAGUAUUCAGAACUGGAUCGAAGACCUAUACUGGAAACAGCUUGAUGUAAAUUACCCUGGCAUGCCUGAUGCAAUGGUGCACCAUGGAUUUUUUUCUGCUUAUCAUAAUACAACCAUUCGCCCUGGAAUUCUAACUGCUAUACAAGAAGCAAAGGAGAUCUACGGAGAUGUUGACAUCAUGGUUACGGGCCAUUCUAUGGGAGGGGCUAUGGCCGCAUUCUGUGGACUUGAUCUGGUGGUCAAUCAUGAAGCUCAGAAUGUACAAGUAGUGACAUUUGGACAGCCUCGUAUAGGAAAUGCAGCUUUUGCAUCAUACUAUAGCCAACUCGUGCCUAAUACUAUUCGGGUCACAAAUGAACAUGACAUAGUGCCUCAUUUGCCUCCCUACUAUUACUAUUUCCCUCAAAAAACAUACCACCACUUCCCAAGAGAGGUGUGGUUGUAUCAAAUUGGAUGGGGAAGCCUGGUUUAUAGAGUUGAGAGGGUCUGCGACAAUUCUGGUGAAGAUCCAACCUGUAGCAGGUCAGUAACUGGGAACAGCGUUUCAGACCAUUUAGUUUAUUAUGGUAUUGAGUUAAUGGGUGAGACAUGGAGAUCAUGUGGAAUUGUGAUGGAUCCACUCGUAGCAGAUUAUCGCAAAACAGAUACUCAAGGAAACUUUAUAUUGUCCAGGAAUCCCAAUUCUUCUGUCCUGAGAUUGAAUACACAGACAGACGUAUAAGCCAAUGAUGUUUAAAUCUCCUCUGAAGCUGUUAGUGUUUUCUCUCUGUGAGAUCAGAUGGAGAUUUUCUCCCCACACAAGUUUUCCUUUCUGUAUUGUUUGGACCAACCAAAAGUGCUUUGGGUAUUCUUGAUGGGGUGGUGUUUGGGGAUGAAUAUAUGUAUAUAUCCAUUGAAUUGUGCACAUUGUCACCCUUGUUAAUAUGAUGAUCUGACACCAGUAAGUUAAAAGCGGUUCCAUAUGAUUGCAUUUUUUUUAAUGCAGUUCCCAUUUAAUUUUCUAAUUAUUUACUUCAUAGCUUUA